CUAUUCGUUCAUAUUACGAACACAAUUCAAUAAAUACCUUUAGCUUUUCACGACCAGUUAAUAAAAAUCCAGAUGGUGUGAAAUCAACCAAUGAAUUCUUGGACUUGUGGACUGAGAAAACUAUAUUGGUCUCCGAGGAUCAUUUUCCCACAGUACUUCGACGUUCAGAAGUUGUUCAAGUCACCAUGAUCGAAGUAUCACCGAUUGAAAAUGCUGUUGCUGCCAUGAAAGCGAAAAAUCGUGAAUUGAUAGCUCUUGAAGCUAAAUAUAAUGCAUAUCUCACUGCCGCAAAGCCUGUAGAUAAAAUCAACACUAAUCCUUUAUCAAUGUCUUUAAAUGGUGCUGUGGAUGCACCUGUUAAUGGCGGUGUGCCAAUGUACAAAAAAGCAUUUUUCAGUUCGGACUUUUUAGCAUCUAAUCCAGAUAAAGAAACAUUUGUAAAUAGUUUAAAGGAAGCAAUUGAAGAGCAGGAGAUCUAUAAAUUGUCAGAACGUAAAAAAGCGAAAGCUCAAUCAGCGACCAAGACAACUAUACAACCUAAUAUAAUUGCACCAGUUAUACCAUCUCCAACAUCGCCAUUUCCUCUUCCUUCACUAAAUAUGAAUAGAUCAAGCAAAGCAUUCCGUGUCCCUUCACUUUAUGGAGUGGCAUCACUUAAUACUGAACAAUUAUCACCAGUUUCACCAACGUCACCUGCAAAUUCAUCAAUAAUGAACCGAGUUGUAACGACAAGCUUUAAUUCUUCAAGGGGCUCAAUAA